GCGCUUCGUGCAGUCUACGAGCACACGUCGUGGGUGUCUCAAUAAAAUCCCGUCCCACCGCAUAUAUAUAUAUAUAUAUAUACACACGUAUUUCCCGUCACUGUGUCUGUCCGUCUGUCGUUCCAUCGCAGUGUCACCCUGUUCGUAUUGUUACAUCGUGACCAACGAUAAUCUAGUAUUUUAAACGAAUUCUUGGCUCGUUCAUAUUUUUCCCCUUCUCUUGUUACAGUGAAUUUAUAUGGGCGACGCUCUCGUGGGAAUAUACGCGAAUAAACCGUUUUUAAUAUAACACGAAGUUUUCUAUACAGUGCGUAUGUGUGUGUGUGAUUCGACUGACGUUCGCAUACAUCAGUACCGAAUUGACGGGUUUAACUGAACUUUAUUGGGAAGAGUUUUCUUCUCUGACAGACGAAUUUUAAUCGGUUUUUCUACUUACGUGCUGCAAUCGUGCGUGUGAAUACGCCUGUCUAUUAAGGACAUAUACGUUUAUGUACACAAAUGCGUAUGUGCAGGAUAAAGAGGCAUCCAAGCACUUGCAGAAUUAUACGUCUGGCACGUUCAGAGGAAAAUUCGGAGUUACGAUAAAAUGGCGUCACGCGGCAGCACGUCCAGUCUUUUUGAGAAGUGAAAAAAUAGAACGGUGACGUGCGGACAGACGGAAAUAUUGAUUCGCCAAAAAGAAACGACUGUUCCGGUGAAAAAUGGUAAAACUUCGUGAAAGUGAAGUUCGUCUUUUUGGCUAAAUUGAAAAAUUGAAAAAUAUAUACAUAUAUCAAAAAUCAGGGCCGACCAGAACGACACGAGCGGUGACUACGGUUACUACGCGAACGCAAGCACGAGAGAGGAAGAGUGAAACACGGAGAGGGAGAGUGCGAGGGGAAGGUGUGUGUGUGUGUCAUGUCUUUGCUCAGUUACGAGAAAUUCCUUUGUGCCAAUGGUGAAGAGAUUCGAUGAGAAUCGAAAAGGAAAAAGAAGAAAUAUACGGUGAACGAAGAAGGUGGAACAUAGUCGUCAAAUGAUUUGUCUCGAUCAGCAAAAGACCUCGUCGAAGAAACGAUCGAGAAGAAGAAGAGGCUCAUUUGACGUUGCCGUUUUAGUCGCCGUACUUGGAUCACGAAGGUGGAGAACUUUGUAGCGGCGUGUCGCUGCGAGAAAAAGAAAGAGGAAAAAAACAACAGUAGCACACACACGGAAUAAUUCAGUACUUUUUUUUCAUUUCGUUUAAAAAAAAUCUGUGUGUGUUUCGUGAUUCAGUGCUAUAGGACAUUAUUAACCCGUAAAUCGUGGCAAGGAUUACAUGUAAUAAAGUGACAGACCAUCAAGUUUUUUCUUUUUUUUUCCACCGAUCUUAUGUGUAUUCUUCAAAGGGUGUACAGCAGUGUCAAAACCAGAGAGAUAUAUAAAAAUAAAGGGCUACGCGCAUGAAGAAUUUUUCGGCUGUGAAUACGUCAAAGAUCGCAUUAUAUUCUCGUGACGAUUAUUUUUUUUGUGUAUUUUAAUUACUUUUUCCUCAUUAAUCUCCGUUGAUUUUCGGAAAAACGUCUAAAACACCAGUGCUUUCUGUGUCUAAUCGUGAAUACAUAAUACAUAAACGUAAAAAAUGCGUGAAUUCAAGGUUGUGGUAUUGGGCUCGGGUGGUGUUGGCAAGUCGGCCCUUACGGUGCAAUUCGUGUCUGGUUGUUUUAUGGAAAAAUAUGAUCCUACGAUCGAGGAUUUUUAUCGAAAAGAAAUCGAGGUCGAUAACUCACCUUGCGUACUCGAAAUUCUCGAUACGGCGGGUACCGAACAAUUCGCCAGUAUGAGGGAUCUCUACAUCAAGAAUGGUCAAGGUUUUGUCGUUGUUUACAGUCUCACGAACCAUCAGACGUUUCAGGACAUCAAAGCAAUGAAAGAAUUGAUAACCCGAGUGAAAGGCACCGAGAGGGUUCCUGUUUUGUUAGUAGCCAAUAAACUGGAUCUCGAUCAUCAGCGAGAAGUCGACACGGCAGAGGGGAACGCACUGGCGCAAUUGUGGGGUUGUCCUUUCGUCGAGGCGUCUGCAAAAAACCGUACAAACGUCAAUGAGAUGUUUGCUGAAAUAGUGCGAGAGAUGAACUUCAGUCCGGAGAAAGAAAAAAAAAGUUACUGCUGUUGCAGCGUCCUCUAAUAAUUAAUCAAACUAAUUCGGAGCUCCAGAGAUUAAAGUGUUAGUUAAGAAGUUGAGAAAAAAGAUGAUUCAAUAACUGGUAUCAAAGAGAAAAAUAUAAAUCAGUUUCUUCCGGCUGAUAAGAGAGUGAACAACGUCUCGACAGAAAGAAAUCAAUUAAAAAAAAUGAACAAUAUUCGGCACUAGGAGAUACGUCUGCAAAAGUUGCUACGUAACAGUCGCAACGUUCAAACCUGUGAAUAAAUUGCAAAAACUCUGUAAUUAUAAUUUAUGACGUACGAAAACGAGAAAAGAAAGAAAGAAAAUGAGAGAGAGAGAGAGAGCGAGAAAGAAGAUAGAAAAUGUAUGAAAUGGAAGACUAUUUACUAUGUACGACAAUGAAACAAAUGCGCCGGCUGCACAUUUGUUUUCGAUUUUGUUUUUUGUACGAAAAGAUCGUGGCUGCAAUUGCCACGGCCAAAUAUUUUAAUAUACGCGAAUAGUAUUAUGUGUAAACAUCAUAUUGUAAUAUAUAUUCAUAUAUAUAUAUAUAUGUGAUCAUAUAUAUAUAUAUGUAUAUGUAUUGAUUAAUCAUAGUUUGUUAAGCGGGCAACAAAGAGGGCCGAGAGAGAUAGCGUGUGUAAAAGAGAACAAGAGAGAUAGAGAGAGAAUGUGUGGACUUAAAGGACCAAUGUACUGAGAGGCUGAGACAAAAGAAGAUAUUGUCUAUACUCCCUCGUUGUGAGAGAGUUUGUUAAUUGUUAGGGACUGCAAAAGAUAAUGUUUAUUCGAUAUUCCCUGUGUUUGGCUUUGCUCAAUUAAUGAGACGCAGACAGGAUGAGAUGUGAAUUCACUGAACCGGGUUUUUUGGUACACGCUCUUCCUUUGCUUUCAAAGAACAUUAAAAAUUAUCGUUGCAUCUGCCAUCUUUAAAUUGCUACCAACAUUUGCGAGGUGCUAUAAACGAGCGUGAAAUAGAAAAUGAGAACACUUGAGCUAAUCAUUGCUAAAAGUUGCACAAUGAUUUUCCGGAUUUCUUUGAACUUUAGUUCACUUUACGCUCAAUCGAACCAGAAUUCAAUCGUCGCAGGUUGCGGAUGAUACAUUCAAUGCACCAACUCUUCUGUAUUCAAAUUGUGAAUUUUCUGCAGCGGCAGGUUGUUUUUGCGAUACAAUCAUUGAGAUUUUGCUUUUGAAUAUUUUUUUAUGAUAAAUUGGUGAACUUGAGAGCGAACCUAGAUGGGAGUCAAGGGAAAUUGUUUGUUUUUAUCAUUCCAGCGAAAGAAUUUCGCGUUCUGUUGCAAUAAUUCAAUCAGGGUAAAUUUGAUUUGUGUCUUGGGAUUUUGUUCGAUUUUCAUGAAAAACUGAUCAUUCGUUUCAUCAUCUUUUGGUCCUGCGUGAUAAAUAACAUUCUGGUCAAACUUCUUGAUAGAACUUUACAAACCCUCUUUUUAUGGCAAUUGACUAAAUUCCUUCGUAUCCAAAGCGUUGAUGGAAGCAAUGAUCGCUGUAAAUCGUAAGACAACUAUCCCAGUUGUAUUUCUCUGCCCACAUGAAAUUCUUUUCAUCUUGGUUUAUCGUUACUCAUUACUUUUCUUUUAAGGAAGCCGUGCAAUCGAAUUUUCAAUAUUAUAGUCGAUAUUAACAUGAAUGUAUCGUAAGAACUUCCUCCGGGCUUUUCUUCCCAUUAGUGAUUAAACGAUAAAAACAAAUGUCACGAUGGAACAAACUCCCAAAUAUCGAAAUAAAAACAGUUCUGCUUUUGCAUUUUAUGAAAAUACAGAUCUGCAGUUUCAGACUAAUUUCAGUCUUUUCCGGUCAUUGCAAGAAAUUCAUCCACUUGGAAUUUUCACUUUUUUUUCCUCGACGUUAUAAAAUCUUUAAUCGCGCUCUCGAAUGCGUUUGUAAUGUCUCGGAACAGCGUUGAUUCGUCUGCAAAAGAAAUGUACUUUUCUAAAAUGAAGAAUUCAGCGAUGUCGUUCGGCUAGAUUAAUCAUUUUCGCAGAUUAUGGAAGGAAGAAGAAAAAAAAUAGAUGAAACUCUCUAAACCGGGGUUGUUAGAUCUCGCGUUACAAAAGCGACCCUUUCGCCCUUAAUGUUUGCCCCGUUGUUUUUAAGAUUUUCGAUAAAACAUACGUUCUUUCCUUCAAUUCGUUUCUUCGUCUGUUUUUGUUUUGUUUUGUUUUUUUUUUUUUCGUUCAAGAGCUCUCUCUUCCAACUGUGUGUUGCGUGCAGAUAACUCGUAUAUAUAAAAAGAAAGAAAGAACAAAAAAGAGGAAAAAAAACAUACACGUAAAUGUAUCCGCAUCUCUGCAUGCUGUAAAACUGUACAGAAGAAUUUACCUGAAGUCAAUGAGUCACAGAUAGGAAUUUAUUAUACUUUGUACUAUUUUGAGAAGAGUAAAAAUAACGGCGAUGAUGUUUUUGCAAAAAGAACGUGUAUUCGAUAACGUUUGAUGCUAUAUCCAAAGGUUUUUUCACGCGAAAUAAUGAGAAGGAGGAGAAGAUAUACGAGAUGGAAAUAAUGAUUAUAGUAAUAAACGGAAAAGAAUAACUAUCGAAAAACCGACUGAACGUACGAGAUUUGUGUCCAGAGGAGUGUCGUUUCGCAAAUGACGGCAAAAAUGGUCAAAUAAAAAUGAAUUAAAAUACACACACACACACACACAAACAUAUUACUACGUAACAUGAUAACGACUUAAACGAUCGAUUUUUACAUGAAGAGCUUGCUAUAUGCACCGGACCCGAAAAUUUUUGAUAAACGUUUCAUUUCCAUUGUCUUCGAUUCAUUGUUUUUUUGUCUCUCGUAUAUUUAUACCAAGAGAAAUGAACAUAAUGUGUACAGCUGGGUUCGUAACGUUGCUUCGACGGGAGUAAUUGUGCGAAAAAAGCUCGUUAACUCGCGACGAUAAUAAUAGUUGAAUUAAGAAGCCCUUUGAUAACUGCGAAAUCGAUUUUUACUCGGCAACCGUGUGCGCAUAUCAGGAAUUAGUAAAAAAAUGAAAAAUAAAAAAUUAAAAAAAAAAAUUAAAAAAAUAACACAAGGACGAGCAUUUUUGUAAAGAAAAAUUGAGAAAUAUUCAUCGUCAAUAAAUGAAAGCGGAAUCAUGGAAAAUCAUGAAUCGUCACAGUUCUUUCAAAGUUACUCCCGAGGUUCCUUUGACUAUCUUGACUAUCUUAUUCGAAGAAAAAUGAUUAAUUCAUAGGCGUUGGAUGCACAAAUUAAUAAAACUAUUGAAAUUCAUUCAAUUUACGAAUGUUUGCCUUACGUUACUGCAAGUCAUUUGGAAACGAUUUGAUUUUUAUUUGAUUUUUUUUUCAUCACCGAACGAUGCUCGUUCCUUUCUCCAACUGCGGUAUAUAAGAGAUUCGUACCUUUCCUCGGUCGCACUAAAAAAAGCGAUCUUCGUACGAUCGAAGCAAGAGAAGCGCACGGUGUUUAAUUUCCCGUGAGUAAAUACUAGAAAAACAAACUCCGAGAGAAAACGAAGGACUACGGCAAUAUUGUUGCACGUCAAUUUUUUAAUAACACCUCUAAGCUAAAGAUAACUCUCGAGAAGAGUCUCGGUGUAAAGAAGGAACCUUGUUUUUUACCAUUUUUUACAGAAUGCGACGGCGAAUAUUUUAAAUGUGAAAAUACCAAUAACGAGAGCGUACAGAAUGUGUGAGAGAGCGGGAAAAGCAAAUUUUUGAACGGUCGAAUCGUUCGUUUUGUCGAACAAAUUGCAUUAUUCGUUUGGACAUGUGUAAAAAAGGGCAAACUAAAUCGAGAAGAAACCACGUGUUUUUGUCAUUAUGAAUUUUUCACUUCGAUAUACCGAAUAGUCUUUCUGUGAUCCUGUAGAUGUAAACCACGUUUUUAAAACAAACGGAGAAAAGAUAAACAAGACACGCACACGUUAAAGCGAACGCAAGAACAUUCGAGUCUGCACACUUUUGUAAAAGAACAAAAAAUGUCAGAUUCGUGACAAAAAUCUCUCGCGACGACGUCUUCAUGAAAAUCAACAUUGUUCGUUCUUUUCGGUAAUCCAGGCAGUUUCAAUACCGAACAAUUUUCUAAAUUAAGAAAAGAAAAAAAAUGAAUUUUCGCAAAACUACUCAAACUCCAUAAUCACCGUUUUUUUUUUCAUAUUCGUUCGUGCUUCACACUUUUUGUAACUCAAAAGCAAAGCAAACGAGCGAUUGUAUAACAAUUGUCAAAUCUUUAACAGUCAUUUUUAUCCGAUUAACGCUAUCCGAGUGAAAACAAUAAACAGAAAACAAACAAUCGAUUUUAUAUAUAUUUCUACGAAAGAACGUUGAGAAAAUAGUGAAAAAGUAAGCCACACCGCGUCAGCUCAUAGUCGUUUGCUUGUCGAGCUCGAAAUUGCAUAUUUUUCUAAAAAAAAGGUACCAGAAAAGUGAAAUACAAAGUAACCGAAACCACCCAUGCGAACAAAAAUAAAAUAAGCGUGAAAAACGCGACAACGUUGAGCGCAUUAUUUGAUUCGUAAAAGUUGAAAAAAAAUCUACACAAGACACUACUGCCGCGGUGAACAUUCAUAGCGAGAACUUUUUCAGUGUGUAUAAAGUAACAUUGGCGAAGCAAAUUAGCGCCUCCGUGUCGACAGCAUAUCAUCUUUAAGGACCACAACAACAACAAUAUUGAAAGGAAAUACCAGAAAAUACAAACAAACUCCACGAAUCCGCGGUCUAUCGAAUUUUUAGCGUCCCUUUUAAUUUCGUCAUCGAUUCCCGAAAACGAUUAGUAUUUUUUAUUUUUUUUUUUUCUCAUCGUUACAUAUUAUCGUAGUCAUUUAUUACAUUUCAUUCGCGCAACUGGCUCACUUUUAUUCAUCCAUGAAAUAAAAUUAACUAUUGCAACAACAACAACAAAAUAAUUGAGAAAACAAAAGACAAAAUACAUAAGAAACAACACCACAAUUUAGAUGUAUAUCGGCCUUUCAGUACUACCUGCGUAUGGUAUUGAGUACGAAAUAUGUUAUAUUUUUUACAAUGUGAAAAAUCUGUAAAUAUUAUAGCAUCAAGUUAUAUGUAUAUAUAUAUAUAUAUAUCUAUAUGUCUAACCGCAUAUAAAUAUAUAUGUAGGAAAAUAUAUAUACGUAUACAUUAUAGUAAUAAUAACAAUAAAAAAAAUUAACUAUCUCACACGUAAAAAAUUGAUAAAGACUACAGUGAACAGCUUACAGCAAAAAAAUGUGCAUUAAAUAUUAUAGGUGAAAGUAAUACAUACUUGUCGAUCCUUGA